UAAUCAAGCUUCAAGUCCUAACUGUCGCGUGAAAACCGGUUAGAGUCCGCGUCGGCCGGACCAAGAAGUCUCGGGACACGGUACAUAUACCCAGAGCUUUACCGGUACCCCAGCCUCUCGCUUUACCGCUAUGGAACGUGUCCGACAGCUUGCUUCCCAUCUCUACACGCCUCAAGGUUCUGAAGCUCUGCAUCGUAAGAGCCCGGACGAUGUAGUUAUCACCCUUGCGGUCCGCUCGCCGCUGUGCAAGGCAAGGAAGGGGGGCUUCAAGGAUGCCAGGUCUGUCAUUCCGCUCUUGAAUAUCCCGCAUUUCAACGGCAUACAGCAAGUCAUUUCGCAAUCCAAAAUCGACCCGGCUUUGGUCGGCGACAUCUGUGUCGGAACUGCGUAUCAUGCUCGAGCUGCAUCUCUGGCUGCCGGUUUUCCAGAGUCUGUUCCCGUUCAAUGCAUCAACCGGUUCUGCUCAAGUGGGCUCAUGGCCGUUACAACCAUUGCAAAUCAAAUCCGAAGUGGGCAGAUUGAAGUUGGUCUAGCGGUCGGAGUGGAGAGCAUGUCUGAGAACCCUGACAAAGGAGGACCACAGCAAAGUGAACUCAUUUCCGAGAAUGCCGCCUCUCGUGAUUGUUCCAAACCUAUGGGCUGGACAAGUGAAAACGUAGCUGAGGAAUUCGUCGUCACACGUGAAGAGCAAGACCAGUUUGCAGCCCUUUCGUUCCAACGAGCGGAGCAUGCUCAAAAAUCUGGAUACUUUGACAAAGAAAUAGUUCCCUUCACCGUAUAUCAAAAGGACCCGAAAAUCGGCGAACGCACGCCUGUUUUCAUAACUAAGGAUGAUGGUAUCAGACCCGGGACUACGACAGACAAGCUAGCUAAAAUCAAAAGUGCGUUUCCUCAAUGGGGCAAGGCGACAACAACGGGAGGAAACGCCAGUCAGAUAACGGACGGUGCUGCAGCCGUGCUAAUGAUGACCAGAAAGAAAGCAGAAGAAUUGGGGUACACGAUUUUGGGCAAACAUGUUACGACCGCCGUCGCUGGGCUCCCUCCGCGUAUCAUGGGAAUUGGGCCCAUCUAUGCUAUCCCAAUGGCCUUGAAGAGCUGUGGGAUUACUCAGGACGAUGUCGAUCUCUAUGAGAUCAACGAGGCUUUUGCUUCUCAAUGUGUUUACGUCCUGCGAGCGUUAGGACUUUCAAGGUAUGUUGCUACUGGAUUGAACGAGCUCCAACGUAGGCAAGGAAAGAUUCUCGUUACGUCGAUGUGCAUUGGAACAGGAAUGGGUGCUGCAGGUGUAUUCGUACGUGACUGAUAAACAAUGAAAGCAGCAGUAUAGUUGUAUUUUUAUGCGAAACUGUAUAAUAAUAGCUCGCAAUGUACUAUUCAUAGUACGGUGUGAAACUUUUUGUG